CCCCCAAAAUUCCUCAUAAUCGGCGCCGGCUCCCGCGGCACAGCCUACGCCCAAGCCGUAACAACCUCCACCCCAGGAACCAUCCACGCCGUGGCAGAACCCCACACUUUCAAGAGACAGCACCUCGGCCGGUCCUUCAUUUGGGGAGAGAAACAGCCGGGAGCAGGACAGGAGUUCACAGAUUGGAGGGAUUGGGUGGAGUAUGAGACGUUACGCCGGGAGCGUUCAUCUAAAGGUGGAGAGAGUAAUAAAGAGGAAGGGGUAGACGGGGUAUUCGUAUGCACGCUCGACGAAACACACGUCGAGAUCCUGCUAGGAAUAGCCCAUCUGGGCGUUCACGUGCUGUGUGAGAAGCCGUUGGGGGUGGAUUUGCGGGGGUGUCUUGAUGUUUGGAGGGCUUACUCUUCCUCUUCUUCCUCCUCCACCACCUCCUCCUCUUCUCCUCCUCCGGAGAAGAAACAGAAAAAGCAAGGCCAGAAACAGAUCUUCUCCAUCGGGCACGUCCUCCGCUACAGUCCGCACAACCUGCUUCUUCGAAAAUUACUGCUCGACGAUAACGUUAUCGGGGACGUGGUAUCUCUCGAGCAUGUCGAGCCUGUCGGAUGGUGGCACUUUUCGCACUCGUACGUGAGGGGGAAUUGGCGCAGGGAGACGAGCGGUGGGGUGGGGUCGUUGCUGACGAAGUCGUGUCAUGAUGUUGAUUUUGUGAUGUGGUUGCUCUCAUACCCUUCUUCUUCCCAUGGGGAUGGGGAGGGACAAGGGGAGGAGGGAGGAGGAGGAGAUGAAGAUAUACACUACCCCUCGACAAUAACCUCCACAGGCCAUCUUGCUCAGUUUCACCCCCGUCGCAAACCCGCUCCUGCAGGGUCUCACACGAACUGUGUAACCUGCCCCGCUGAACGAGAGUGUCUAUACAGCGCUGUCAAGAUAUACAGAGACAUGCACCUGCGACAGGGCAAGACAGAGUGGCCGGUCAACAUCGUCUGUCCUGAUAUUGAGGAUUUCUCCCUUUCUUCUUCUCCGGGGGAGAAAGAGAAGGCGAUGGCCAAGGCAGAACACCAUCUCAUGGAAGCCCUUCGAGAGGAUUACGAUGCGUCUACUACGCCGGAUGAAGUUAUCGCCAGUCGACCCUGGUACGGGCGCUGCGUCUACGAAGCGGAUAAUAACGUCUGCGACGAUCAGGUCGUUACGAUCUCGUGGAAUGAGUCCCUCCCUUCUACUUCCACAUCCUCCUCUUCAUCUACACCCAAGAAAGCAAAAGAAAGCAAAACAGCAACAAUCCACAUGAUCGCCCCCACGCAAGCGCAGUGCGUCCGUCGCGGCCGCAUCUACGGCACGACCGGCGAACUAACCUACGACUCGUCUACCAUAUCAUACUUUGACUUUUCCAGCGGAAAGACAGUGUCGAUUCCCGUGCCGCGCCAGUCUGAGGCAGAGGAGAAGGCGCAUGGAGGAGGGGAUUAUGGGCUUGCGAGGGGGUUUGUGGGCGCGGUCGAUGCGGUUGUUAAUGGGGGGAUGGGGGUGGAGAAAGCGCAGAGGCGGUUUGUGGGGUGUUCGUUGAGGGAGAUUAUUGUUAGUCAUGGGGUGGUGUUUGCGGCGGAGGGUGCGAGACGGCAUAAAGAGGUGGUGGGGUGGGAGGGGUGGUGGGGGAAGCAACUUGGGGGUGUUUAG